GGCGGCAAAUCGCCGCCUGAAACAGCUUUUGCCGCCGCCUACUUUUCGUUGAUGGUGAAAAAAAAGUGCUUUCUUUUCUUUAAUAAAGUCUCCUACAAAAGGGAUCCAAACAAGGUGCCAAAAUAGUUGUUUAUUUGUCUUGAACGCGAUUAGAGGCAAUGAGAAUGCAUCUCAGAGGUUCGAUUUUUCAAAUGUUUCUAGGGGAGGGCCCCCAGACAACCCCGCUUUGCCCCCUGCUAUCAUCACUGUUGUAGCCUGCUACUUCUUAAACUAUUGAGGGCACUGCAUAUAUGAAUCAGUUUUUCAUCAUUCUUUGGAUAUGUUUUCAACUGCCAUGCCAACGCCUAAACGUCUCCGUGAUUUAAUACGCGAGAUUCGUUCCGCGCGAACAGCUGCGGACGAAAGGUCUGUGGUGAACAAAGAAUGUGCCAUGAUAAGAGACUCGUUCCGAGAUGAAGACAAUACUUAUCGCUGUAGGAAUGUCGCCAAGCUGUUGUAUAUAAACAUGCUUGGCUAUCCAGCGCAUUUUGGUCAGCUGGAGUGUCUGAAGCUGAUAGCGUCGCCGCGGUUUACAGACAAGCGGAUUGGAUACUUGGGCGCCAUGUUGUUACUGGACGAGAGGCAGGAUGUACACUUGCUGGUGACAAAUUCACUCAAAAAUGAUCUGAGUCACCAAACACAAUAUAUUCAGAGUCUAGCCCUCUGUACACUCGGAUCCAUUUGUUCGACAGAGAUGAGUCGCGAUCUUGCUGGAGAGAUUGAGAAAAUGAUCAAAUCGUCAAAUGCUUAUGUGAAGAAAAAGUCUAUACUGUGCGCAUUCUGCAUUAUCCACAAAGUUCCUGACCUCAUGGAGAUGUACAUACCAGCUACACGUUCAUUGCUCAAUGAGAAAAAUCAUGGUGUUCUGUUGACAGCAGUGUGUCUUAUCACGGAGAUGUGUGAACGGAGUCCCGACACACUGCAUCACUUCAGAAAGGUUAGUGACAAUCUUGUGCCACAGUUAGUGCGAAUAUUGAAAAAUUUAAUAAUGGCUGGCUACUCCCCUGAACAUGAUGUCUCUGGCGUCAGUGAUCCCUUUCUUCAGGUGAAGAUUCUGAGGUUACUACGGAUACUAGGGAAGAAUGAUGCUGACGCCAGUGAGACAAUGAAUGACAUACUGGCACAGGUUGCCACGAAUACAGAUACGAGUAAAAAUGUUGGCCAUGCGAUCCUGUAUGAAAUAGUGCUUACCAUUAUGGGAAUUCAGUCCGAGGCAGGCUUACGGGUUCUAGCUGUAAAUAUUUUAGGAAGAUUUCUUUUAAACAGUGAUAAAAAUAUUAGGUAUGUAGCCUUGAACACAUUGUUACGAGUGGUGCAGGCAGACUACAAUGCUGUUCAGAGACAUCGAACAACAAUCGUCGACUGCCUCAAGGAUCCAGAUGUAUCCAUCAGAAAACGAGCCAUGGAGCUUUCAUUUGCAUUAGUCAAUUCGAACAACGUGCGUGGAAUGAUGAAAGAGUUGCUACACUUUCUGGAGACCUGUGAUGUGGAAUUCAAGUCGGACUGCAGCUCUAAUAUCAUCAUGUGUGCAACAAAAUAUGCACCCAAUAAGCGAUGGCACAUAGAUACCAUAAUGAAAGUUUUGACAAUGGCGGGAAACUACCUGCGAUCGGAGGUCGUGUCCACCCUGAUCCAGCUGAUCUCCGAGGCGAAGACGCUGCACGGCUACACGGCCCAGGAGCUGUACAAGGCGAUCUGCGACGACAUCAGCCAGCAGUCCCUCGUGCAGGUCGCGGCCUGGUGCAUCGGCGAGUACGGCGAACAGCUCUUCAUAGAGACACUCGAGGACGAGCCACCACUGGAUGCUACAGAAGAAGAUGUUGUUAACCUGCUAGAUCGGGUUUUAGCCAACAACAACUCGAGCUGUAUAACGAAGGAGUACGCCAUCACUGCAUUGAUGAAGCUAAGCUCACGAUUCAAACAUUCUAAUGCACACAUUCAGCGAGUUCUACAGACCUAUGGUAGCAGUACAGACGUAGAACUGCAGCAACGUUCUGUGGAGUACAUAAGUCUCUUUAACAGCUACGACAAUAUGAGGUCUGCCCUGCUAGAACACAUGCCUCUGCUGGAUCACAGCAAGUGUCGUAAUGUGAUGGAGGAUCGGGAAUUGCCAGACCAAGAUCUGCUCAUCUCAAAUAAUGUCGAGUCUGAAGUAAACGUGCUUCCACAGCCAACAGAAAGUGCCAACAUUCUUGAUAUUUUGGGCAAUGGCCCAUCUAGUCCUGUGAGCAUUGUUCCAGAGAAGAAAUCGGGAGGUGCCACAGACCUACUAGAUCUACUUGGAGACUUGGAUCCUGUCCCAGUGAUAAACAACAGUGUGCCGCUUGCUCCAAACAACAUAAUGGAUGGUUUACUUCAGUCUCCAGUAAAUAUUACUAAUCAAAUGAAUGGUGUGUCUAAAGCGUUCCCUCCAAUGGAUGCAUUCAACAAGAACGGUUUGCGGCUUCAGUUCACGUGUGAGCGAGAAGAUGGAAAGCCUGAAGCUACAAUAAUCAACAUGAAAGCGACUAAUUCCACGACAUUGCCUAUUUCCGAUUUUGUUUUUCAAGCUGCCGUUCCAAAGUCAUUCCAACUUCAACUGCAGUCUCCCUCGGGUAACCUCAUUCCGCCGAUGAAUGGUGGAUCAGUAGAACAAAUUAUCAAAAUUGCUAAUCCACUAAAGCAAGCCAUUCGGAUGCGACUUCGGAUGACGUACACACAAAGCGGGAACUCUAUCACGGAAGUAGGAGAAGUAAACAAUUUUCCUCAGGGAUUGUGGCAAUAGCACAGAGAUUCACUAGGAACCAUAGACACAAAAACAAAAAAACAAAAACAAAAAAAAUCCAGUUUGAACACUAUUGUGAUGUACCUGGCUUACAGGUAAAGCGGCUGAAAAGCUCAUUAAAGCGGCUGUGCUUUUUAAGGAAGCUGGACUCGUUAACUCAUUAAUAGUGGCAAAAGCUAAUUGGAAAAAGGCUGAGACUUGUGAAAGAGGCUAAAACUGGUUGGGGAAAACCUGCACAAUAACUUCCUCUCGGGCAUUCUGUCAAGUACAAUUCUAUCGUGUGCACACAUAGCAUUUUAUUUAACAAAGAACAUGAUGGAUUAUGAUUCUCAGGUUGUCUAGAAACGAAACAAGUCGGUGCAGUUCAGUACAUGGUGGUUUGAAAACAAACUGCCCAUAGGUAUUAAACGUGAAAGUAAGAUCCAAAUGGCAAAAACAACUGGAUUCGUCAACUUAAAAUCUGUUUCACAGGCCGUUGUUCAUAUUGUCUUUUUAAAAAAAAAAAUUAUUAAGAAUCUCUGAGUAAUUCCAUCGUGGAGGAAAUUCUGUUGAGUCGUUUUGUGCAGGAAUGUGCAUUUGGUGUACAUGGUGGAUUAUUUACUGCCGAGUGUAUGAACGAGAAACGAAUUUUGGAAAUGCCCCAAACGAAAUGUGAUGCUUACAUAUUAUCGAGAAUAAAUUGCUUCUGGCUUUUUAACGGACAAUUUGGGGCGAGAGUUUUGUUAAAGAAUUGGAGAAUUUAUGGUGUCGUUUUCCAUUAAAAUGGAUUGAUUUUUGUGAAAUUUGUUUUAAAUCAUCGUGAUGUGACAAUGAAGUCUUCUGAGUCGGGGAAAUGAUGACAGAGAAAUCGCUGUGAUGCUUUGGCAAACGUACGUCCUGACUGAGAAAGAAGAGAGAAAUAUUCCAUGGAUGAUGAUGAUACAGUAGUUCAGCAUUACAGGGUUGUCGGCUAUUUCCUAAAGCAUUCAUGAUUACAAGAACAAGACAUUUGCAACAAAAUAAGACUUUAUAUGCCCUCUUCUUGUGUUUUUGUUGUAUGGCUACUGUAUACACAUAAUUUAUUUCAGUUGAAUGGCAGAAUAUUGUUGAAUUUAUUGAAUUUCAGUUUUAUAUGUGAAUUUAAAUGCAUUUUCUGCUUUCGUCAAGACAAUUAGUUUUUGUAUAAUUUUGUUUUGUAUAUAUCUGCAUGUUUGUGAGUAAGAUGGGUUGUGUUAAUUCCCAAGUCGUUCCCACCUGAAUAUCGGGUUACAAUUGUACAGUUGGUUUAUUUGUAGGAUCCAAUGUAAAAAGGUUAAGCUUUUAGCAAUUCCCUGAUCAAAUUCAAUUAAAUCUGCUUAAAAAAGAAAAAUAAUCAUUAAAAAAAUUGUACAAUAAUUUAAAUAUAAUUUAACAAAUUAUUUCUGUUCUUAUUUUUGUACAAAACUGUAUAAACAAAUGAAAUCUAUAAUCAAAGUAAAUAGGUAAAAUUUAUCCAAAGUUUUGAUUCCUUUGGAUCAUUUUUAAAUUCAUUAUGACUUUAAUUAUUUGAAAAUAAAUUUUGAAUGAUUCUUUUACGAUCAAGUAAAAUUUUACAUUAUUUAAAAAGAGAAAUGUAAGGGUCAAGUUAAAUUUUACUAUAUUUAAAAAGAAAUGUAAUGGGCAAGUGAAAGUUUACAUAAUUUAAAAACAAAUUUAAUGGUCAAGUGAAAUUUACAAUAUUAAAAAAAGUUUAAUGGUCAUGUGAAAUUUUACAAUAUUUAAAAAGAAAUUUUGAUUAGUGAUCUUUUUGAAUGAAUGUUAUGUUAUAUGUAUUAAUCAGAGGUAACUCUAAGACUUGCAGUUGGGUAAACUCUUACCAAGUGUGUAGAUCUCGAAGGCAAUAUAAAAAUCAACUGAAUUGCAGUGGAUGAUUACUUGCACAUUUUAACUUAAAAGACUAGACUAACUCGCUAAGUAUAGAGAAAUAUCUUUUCAACUUGGCCUGAUAGCAAAAAAAUCAUUGAGAUAAUGAAAUGUUACUGUCAAUAUUAAAGACCGGGUGGCACCGAUUACAUCGCUUAAAAUUUACACUGUAUGUUCCUCUACAGCUAACUCUUGCUACCGUAGGCAUUGCUGUAAACAUUUUAAACCGAUAGGGUUAGGUAAUUAGAGAAUAACUAGUUCAUGACAUCGGAUAUCUGCUUUUUCCUGUGGCGGUAAGAAUGGGAAAUUCCGCGAGGCUCUGAACAGGAUAAAGCAGAUAUCCGACGUCAGUAACUAGCUAUUAUUUUCAUAAUGCAGACCAUAAAAAUUAUGGGGAAAAGCUAUUAUUUCUGUUAUUUCUGCCACACUGUAUGAUGACCUAGAGGACAAAUAAGCAAUCUUGUAUGUUGCUAUGCGUGUGAUGUCAUAUGAGUGACGUCAGAAGUCAUAAUCUGCUAGUAUACAUUUAUGACUUUGCUUUAAUUGGUCAUCAUAAUCUGUCAGUAGAAAUGGUGGAUGCAGGAUAAAAAUUACUAAAGUUACGCACGUGUAAUUUAGUUGUAUUUCAAAAUAACGGUAACAAAUGGGAUUUGAUCAUUAUGUUACUGGUUGAAUAAAGUACUUUUCACACGGCUUGAACUUUAUUAACAGCACUAGAUCAGGGGCUUUACUGAUGGCCGUUUUUUUUCAGCUGGAUAAAAUUUACUGCUGUCGAUUAAAAAAAAUCUUAAUUUUUUUUUCAUUUUCUGUUUAUUUGUUUCAAUAGGUAUUGGUACAAAAUAAUGUUAGGCAGGCUCAAAAUUUUUAUAGGUAACAAAUUCUUAAAUUCAUAAAUGAUUGGAAAUCUUCCAGAUUUAUCCAAAAUUCUGGAUUUUGGUGCUGCCCGAUUUUUUCUUUUCCUGGGUGCACUUUGCACUCGGGAUGACUUAAUAAUUUGACUUCAUUGGAUGUCAGAAUGUAAUAAUUGUUUAUAUUUUAAAGAGACAAUAUUUUAAAAAUCUUAGGUAACCAGAACACUGUUCACAUAAUUUUUUAAUAUUGAAUAAUGAUUAUGAAAUUUGUAACUUUUAAUUUUAGAACGUAACCAUCCCCCACAUAACAAGUUGGUGGUUCAAGUAUCUUUAAUAUUGCAUAAAUGAAACAUCAGAUUUUGUGUGCGAUUUUAUGCAAUACUUCGUGGAACAUUUAGCAGGUCAUCUACUGUGCGACCCUGCUUUUAAAGGUUUUCAUUGGACUACAUAGAAGAAAUAACUAAAACGAAAUAUGGAAAUUGAUCUAAUCCUUGUAUAUUUUAUGUUUCAUAUAAUUUAUUAAAAUCUGUAUAUUUUGUUGAUAAAUUAAAUAUAUAUAUAUAUAUAUAUAUAUGUUUCAUCAUUGUAUGCGAAUGGUCAUUCCAGCGUCAGAGACUUCAAGCUUUCCAUAUAUAUAACAUGUACAUGUGCAAGUCUGACAGGUAAUUAUCUGUUGGUUGAUUAAAUUCAGAUUAUUGUA